AGAGGUCUUACAGUUACACUUUGCCCGUUCGCUGCUCCGAAGUCGCGCCGUGCCGCACCGUGCCGUGCCGUACUUGUGCAGUGGAACGCACGUGCAAGCCUGCACCGGCCUGGGUCGCGCGUGCAUCUCGAUCGGAAGGAGCGCGACGACAAGGGAUCGAUCGUUUGAAAGCGGAGACCACGCCGCCACGCUACAAGUGCGACAAUGUCGUAUAAUCUGACGGUCAACCCUGUAUGCCAGGAGCCUACCUACCUCGGCCCGAGCCUCGCUCAGGUCUGUCCGGGAUCGCAGUUUUUGACGUUCAUGACAAUCCUGGACACGUUCGUACGCAGCCAAGACAAGGUGUCUCAGCUGUGCGAACGCGUGAAGCCGACGAAUCCAGCCGAAUAUUACUACGACUUCAUCGUCGUAGGAGGGGGAUCAGCCGGUGCCGUGGUGGCGUCCAGACUGAGCGACAUACCCGAAUGGAAAGUUCUGUUGCUAGAAGCCGGGCCAGACGAGCCACCGGGUGCCGAGAUUCCCAGUAUGGUGGCAAUGUUUCUGGGAACUGACAUUGACUGGCAGUAUCAAACCACCAACGAGAUGAACGCUUGUCUACUGUCCGGCGGAUCCUGCAGCUGGCCGCGCGGCAAAAACCUAGGCGGUACGUCGGUCCACAACGGCAUGAUGUAUAUGCGAGGUCACGCCAAAGAUUUCGACAAUUGGGAAGCUAUGGGCAACAGCGGAUGGAGCUGGCACGACGUCCUGCCCUACUUCAAAUGCUCGGAGAACAACACGGAGACGAGUCGGGUCGGUAGCAAAUAUCACUCGACCGGCGGCCUAUUAAACGUCGAACGGUUCUCCUGGAAGCCGGCGUUCGCCGACGACAUACUCGCAGCGGCGGUCGAGAGAGGAUACCCGAUUAGCGAGGACCUCAACGGCGACCAAUUUACCGGAUUCACCGUGGCCCAGACUACGAGCAAGGACGGUGUUCGAAUGAGUAGCGCCGCGGCGUUCCUCCGGCCGCGCCGCCACCGGAGCAAUCUGCAAAUCACCUUGAACGCCACCGCCACGAAGAUCAUCAUCGAGAAUCAAAAGGCCGUCGGAGUGCAGUAUUAUCAAGAUGGUGAACUUCGAGUUGCCCGCGCCGCAAAGGAGGUAAUCGCCUCCGGUGGUGCCGUAAAUUCGCCUCAACUGUUGCUACUCUCCGGAAUCGGGCCGAAGGAACAUCUGCGCGCGGUGAACGUCACAGUAGUCAACGACCUCCCGGGUGUCGGGCAGAACCUGCAUAAUCACGUGUCGUACACUUUAUCGUGGACCAUCAAUCAGCCGAACGUGUACGACCUGAACUGGGCGGCUGCCACAGAAUAUAUUGCCUUUCAGAAAGGACCGAUGUCGUCGACGGGUAUGGCGCAAUUGACCGGAAUGCUGCCGUCGAUUUACACGACUCCGGAUCAUCCCGAUAUUCAGCUGUUCUUCGGCGGCUAUCAGGCGGCCUGCGGCACCACCGGCGAGGUGGGAGCCACCAUGAACGGGGACGGUCGCAGCAUCAGCAUGUCCCCGACGAAUACACAUCCGCGCAGCAAGGGUAAUCUCCGUCUGGCUAGCAACAACCCCCUGGAGAAGCCGAUCAUAUGGGCCAAUUAUUUGAGCGAUCCCCUGGACGUGGCGAUCCUCGUGGAGGGUAUUGAGGUCGCGAUGUCUCUCGCCAAUACCAGUGCCAUGGCCAAGUACAACAUGACUCUGAGCAACAGGCCGCUGCCCGCGUGUUCCCGAUUUCCGUUCCUGAGCAGGGAUUACUGGGCCUGCGCGGUGCACCAGGACACCGGCCCGGAAAAUCACCAGGCGGGCUCCUGCAAGAUGGGACCGCCGAACGACCCCAUGGCCGUGGUCGACAAUAAAUUGAGAGUGUACGGGGUGAGAAACCUCCGCGUGGCCGACGCGUCCAUCAUGCCGCAGGUAACGUCAAGCAACACGGCGGGACCGGCCAUGAUGAUCGGCGAGAAGGCGGCCGCGUACAUCAAGUCUGACUGGGGCGUCGAACCGACACAAUGUUCCCGGCCGACGAUCGACAGCUCACUGGACCUGCUGCUUUGGGGGAUCAAGUACAUCGAUUGGAACCAGGCUAUAUGGUAGCCGUGGCGUCCGAGAUCGAUCUAGUCUCGUACAAUCCGUCGCGUUUUCUCGAUCCGCGAGGUGUCUAAGAAAGUCGGCGUGAACGCGACCGAAGGCGAAGGACCCUCCGGAAGAGACACACAGGGUGCAAUUUCCUUUCUCCACGGCGCCGCCAUCUCGCUCGAUCGCGUCGGACCUGGCUAAUUGCACGCUGCAACGUGCAAUCGUUUUCAUUGACACAGUCAGUGAAAGAGGGAGAAAGUCGCGCGAUCGAACUGGUAUCAUAGUCGUCGUACCGCCAUGCUUCACUUUUCAGUUAGUUAAUAAUUUUCUGAGAUUCCCGUGUGAAUUUCUGAACGCGUCGCGCGAAGCUUUCGAGAAGACCCGAGAAAGUCGCGAUCGUUUGGUCACAUAAACGCGAAUCUCGCGUACAAUUUACGAGUAUUACUUUACUAUAUACUUUACUAUAUACUAUCGUUGAUUCUCAGUGAGCUUACGAUUAUAAACUCGAACGUGUGUUUCGAUUCACAGUCAUUCGACUGCGUGGUACGCGCCGCGUAUUACUUAUGAAGAGCCUGCCAGCUACGUGUACACACGUCGCGCCAACGACUCCCGUCGUCGUUUCUCUAGUAGCUUCCUUAGUAGCUUAAUAACAAAUAUGUAGGGAAGACCGGGUGUAGAUGACCCUAGAGGUAUGUGCUUCUUCUUAGUAUUUAUCUUAAGAGAAACAAUCUAUACAAAAUCGCGAAGUGGUCAUUUUAAAAAUAGUCAUUUAUAUAUUUUUUCCUGCGUUUCAUUAAAAUCGGAGUAAUAUUACAGUUAAAAAGUGGAAGAAAUUGAUUUAGUAGUAGCAAAUUUUCGAGCCUCUUGAAAUUUUGUAUUAAUAUUUCCCAUCGUGAGUGAAUAGAAUCAAGCGACAUGUUACUAGCUGAAUAAAGUUUCUUGCAAGUGUAUAAUAUACUGUUUCAUGUUUGUAUGCUCACAAUAUACUCAUAUUUGUAUUUCGAUUAUUAAAAAAUUAAAUUUACGGUUAACAGGAUUGUGGCGAACACAUCAAUGCAUAAAAGAAGUCUCUAUUAUGUUUGCACAGUCAGUCACAACAAUUAACUGUCUAAGUUGUUACUUCGAAAUUCUGAAAUAUGGGACAUCUCGCUCCGGUCUCCCGAUACUAUUCGCGUGGGAACGUCCUGUCAAAUGCGAUAACCAAAGACAAAUUCCCGGUAUCUUAACGAUCGAUCGUACAUAUCGAACACGCAGCAAUCGAUCAAUCGUUCCGACGGAGGAAUAUACAGAAGCCGCCAGAAGUUCCAGAACGGCUAAUUAUCUCAGAAAACAUUGAUUUAUUUAAAAGAAUAUAUUAAACCAAAGUAGUAGGAUUUAAAAAAAGAAAUUUAUUAGAUGUUGAUGUUUAUCUGAAAUAACCUUGAAAUAACCUUGAAAAGCGUUGUCAACAUAAUAUCCGUUGUUAUUGUAUAGAGAACGAAGGAUCAUAAAUAUGGAUAAACUCACGGCCGUUUGCUUGCUCGCGCAGUCCGCGAAUGUAAAUCAAAAUAUUGUAAAUAAAUGGUAAAUUGCAUAAUGGCAGAGAGGCCAAAUUUAGAAUGUAGUUUAUAUACCCGUUCUCCGACAAUCCGCUCCUCCAAGUCAUGUUAUGAAAUACGCGCUGCAGAUAAGCGCACGAGUUGAGACAUUGUCGUUGCUGGGUGAGUGUAAAAGAAGUCGCACGAACGUGACGACGAAGAGCAUAAAGUGGAAGUAACGAUUUCCACAUAUUCGUGCGAGCUCCUCGCGUAUUCGCGAAUCCGAAUACGACGGUUGAAUCGAUCAUAAUUUUUGUAGGGUAUCCGCGACUUAAAUAAUCAUGUAGAUUUUUAGUUAUUAACGUAGUAAUUGAGAGAACAUUGGCGCAUCAUUGCACGCGAUCAUCCGCCAAUCUUCUUUAAUUAAUGACUCAAAAUUCUAUUUGGAAAAUGAUAAGGAUUUUGUGUUCAGUUUAACUUAAUCUACACGUACACACGAGAUAUGUGGGACAUUUUGUCAUGCACCCUGUGUAUUAUCAGAGAAAUCUGACCAACGUCACGAUACAACGAGUUAUCCGUAUUACCUCAUAAUUGCGAAAUAAUUAAAACCGCGCGAAGGAAGUAAAGUUUCGACUCGCAAAACGGAUAUUGCAUCCAUUUCGCUUAAUUAAUUCGUAAUUCGAUAAAAGCGACGAUUAUAUCAACAAGCGAGCAUCGAUAACACUUUACAUCCGCUGUGCAAAUUUUCCCUUCGAAAUAGAACGCAGAAUAGAGUUGACUAAAAAAAUACAAAAAACAAUUAACAAAUCAAAGAGCGCAGUUCAUGAUAGGCACGUUUUGCUUGCG